UGAAUCCUAUUAUAAGCCCACCAUCCGCUUUCUCUCACAUUCACUGCAAGGACUCUUGAAGAGAGAAAAAAAAGACUGAGAAAACUCUGACGCCCAACCAAACCAAACCAGACGCAAAGCAAUGUUUGAAGAGAGGCCACACGGUCAUGGUGGAGCUCCUCACGGCCUGAUACUGGCGGUGGUGGUGAGCAUAGUGGUGCUGGUUCCGUUUCUGUUCGGUGACUCAGGCGAGGCCGUGACCGAGUUCAUUGCCGAGCUCUUGAGCCCAGUGGGGCUUUUGCUCUUGCCUAUUGUUCUCCUACUCACCAUACAGUUUCUGUCUUCCGAUCGUGGCUCAUUUGUGUCCAGCUUGUUCUCCACCGGCGAGCCAGACUCCAUUCACAGGGUUAGUGGGUCGCCUGUCGGUGUGGCGCUUUUCCUCGUGUUGAUUUUGUUUUUGCUUUACAAUCGUGUAUCGAUCUUUGGCGGUGAUGAUGAUUCUGGUGAAUGAUGGAUCUGGGUUACCCUUCUUUGUUCUAAAAUACUUCUGAGAUAUUGUAUGUAUACAGUGCACUGGGGAAGGAUCUCUUUUGUAAUUUUACCUAAUUGUCCAAUGUUAAUUAUAGAUAUUACCCUUUCAUUAUCGUGAGUGUCCUUUCUUAUUUUUAGGGCAUAAUGGUCUUUUUGUGCUGUAAAAAGUGUCAGCUUGGGUUGGUCCGUGGAAAAGCCACCGUCGGUGGGUAGUGUAGCAGCGCCUGUGGACAGAGUUGGCUGGUCUGGCUCUCUUUUUAACAUUUUCUUUUUGUCUUUUGAUAAUGAGGUCCCUUUUUCGGAUAUUUUAAUUGCUUCUUGAAUCU